AUGUUAUAUCCUCAGCCACAAUCAUCAUUGUAUUAUCAAGAGAAACAGAGAAUAAUAUAUCGAAAUACAAAUGCCAGAGAACCAAUAUCUUUACUACAACGAUCAAAAUAUAAACCAAAGAAUUUACUUCAUCCUUACAGAAUAUCAAAAGACCGUCAUGCAAAUGAUACUAAUACUUCUGAAAAAGGAAUGAUAAACAAGAUUAUGUCUAUGGAAUCUGCAGAUCAUGAAGUAGAAUUUUAUAUGACGAAAAAACCAACAACGACUGUAAGACGUUAUCAUUCAUCACAAAUGGCUGAUGGUGAUAAAAAAAAUAAGAUUAUUCUAGAAAAUGCUUUGGAUGAAUUUCAACAGCAAAGAUUUACAAAUGAUCAGAAACAUAUUAUCAAUAUGAUACAUAAAGAUAUAAUACGACCAGUACCAUGCAAACCAAUUAUCAACGACCAAUUGAAAACGUCGUCGGAAUUGAAGUCAUUCAAAAAUCCAAUGUCACAUUUGCAUUCUUCUCAAAUUUGUCAAUCAAUAUUACCAUUAAAUCGUACUUCUACAUGGCGUAAACUUCAAGCAAAUAUCACUCCAUCUCAUUAUAAUCGUAUUCAAGAAUUUCAACGAGAUCGUCAACAACAAUAUCAUGCAUCAUCAACUAUUCAUCCUAUAAUGUUACCACCUCUUCAUAAACGGUCAGAAAUUGAUAGUUCUGAAGCAUCAAAAUUUAUUUCAAAUAUCACUGAUUCUUAUGUAUCAUAUACAUCAUUAUCUAUUGAUUCUCCGACUAAUUUAUCUGAUUCAAGUACUGAUCAUAGAAUUAUUCAAUCAAUUGAUGUAGAUCAUAAAAUAGUUGAUAAUGAUGAUAACUCAAAUACAAUGAAUCCAAUUACAAAUUCACUUGAGACAGCACAUCAACUAGAAAUUUAUCCUAUAGAAAAUAUAGUGGUAGAAAAUAAGAAAAACUUUCUUAAUCAGGCAAUAACUAAUUCUCCAUCAACAUGUUCUAAUAAUGAUCUCAAAGAUGAUUCUUCUAUAAUUAAAUCAGUACAAAUGUCACCUAAUGCAUCAUCAUUACAUGAAACCGAAAAUAUUGAAGAACUUCAAACUUUUAUUGAAAUAUUAUCUCCAUCACAAGUUCCAUCGAUUUUUCUGAACGAUAUUCUAUCUUCAUUUUUUCCAACUAUAUCGACACAGCUUACUUCAACAUCAUCGAACAAUAAUCUUCUUGACUUUCAUUCUCAUCAUUAUAUUAAUGAUGAUAUCGGUGAAACACCAUACGUAUUAUUCGAUAAUACUGGAAAUAUGACUGAAAUUUUAAGUAUUGAUCCACUACCACCAUUAUCAUCAUCAUCAUUUGUUAAAUCUAAACUUGUUGCUGAAAAUCAUCAACCAAAGAAAGUUCACUCACUAUUCGAAUCUAUAGAAGAACUAUGUAUUUUAAUUCGGACACUUCUUCAACAUGAAUUAACUAGACAAAAGAUAACACCUCUACAAGCAACAAUUGCAAGUCAACUUGCAAUUUUAUUAACCUAUCUAGCAAUACCUAAUAAUGAAAAGAUCAUUUCUGGAUUGAUGACGAAGAAUACGAUCGAAAGAAUGAUAUCGACGGAUGAAAAUGAUUUUUCUCCUCAACUUUCGACUGUUGAAACACAAACUGAUAUCGAAUGGACUAUUCAAUUAAAUGAUCAAAAAGUGUUUGAGUCUCCCAGUCAUAUGCAUUUUCAUAGUGAACCAAUUCAUAAUAUAGUUGAAUUUUCAAUGCAUGAACCAUCAUCGUCUGAAAUUAAACAAGAAGAAAUUAUUGAUACACCACUAUCAUCCCAAAAAGUAACAAGUCACACAGAUUUAACAUCGACGAGUAUUAGUUUUCAUUUACCUGGUCGUCGACCGAAUCAUGCUUUUUCAGAUACAUUUAUUUAUCAUAUUCAUCAACGUCAACAAUAUUCGUCUUCCUAUCAUCAAUUAAUUUCAUUUUCUGAAACAACUAUUAAUUCACUAAUGCAUCCUUUUCAUCAUCAUUGGACAACAAAAGAAGAAACUAAACAUUUAUUUAAACGUAUUGGACAGAAACUUCAACAUUAUAUUGAAUUAGAUUCUUCAAAUACAUGUUUAGAAGCUAGCACAGAAUUUACACCAGAUUUUGUUUUAACAACAAUCAAUAAUUCGAAAUAUGAUGAUGAUGAUGAUGAUCAAACAGAACAAUUUGGUAUUGAUACUGAAAAACAAGAUUAUCAAACUGAUACAAUAUCUUUAGUUACUAAUGAACAAAAAGAAAAAACUGAUACACUUACAUUUAAUUCGACUGAGAAAGAUAAUUAUGAUAGUCUAGAUCUUGAUAUUGAACAAGAUAAUGAAGAACAUCUGCUAUUUACUUCAAUAGGUAUUCAUCAAUCAAAUCAAUGUUCAAAUAAUGAACCAAAUAUUGAAGAAAAUAGUAUACCAAAAAGUUCAGUAAUUGAAAUCAAUUAA